CCAUCAGCUUAAAUAAGAAGUAGCAAAAAAAGUUUCUAAGCUUGCAAAUUGCAAAAGAAAAAAGCUCAAAAACGAUGGCCGGUGGAACAAGGGUUGCAGACAUCAUAGGAAUGAGGGACGAUCAGGUAAUCAAUAAAGCUUGUUCUUUUGCCAUGAAGGAUCACAAGCCACCGGCGAAGCCGUAUAUUCUUGAAAAAUCUCGUGGUUCACCGGACACCUACUUCUUCAUCUUUCCUGGAUCUUGGUUGGUAUCCGAUUGGUUUGCUCAAAAACCUUUUGGAGAGACUAAGAUCAAUCGACCGGACAACCCACCGAAGUUUCCUUCUCUGAGAAGCAUAGGCAACGAUGAAGUUGCCACCGUUAACGACGCCUUUCUGCGGAGAUUUGAAGAGAAGAUCUUGGGGGCUUCAGAUUUCAAAGAGAAGGUGCAAAAAGCUGAGACAGACAAGAAGCAAAUAGUGUUUACAGGACACUCCUUGGGUGGUUCAAUGGCCAUCCUUGCAACACUUUGGUUCUUGGACAAUUGCAAAUUUGAUAAAACAAGCCCACCUCUGUGUGUGACUUUUGGAAGUCCUCUAACUGGUAACCGCAUAUUUUCACAUGCUCUAAGGCGAGAGAAAUGGGCUCCUUACUUCAUACAUUUUGUCAUGAGAUAUGAUAUUGUCCCACGACUCUUGCUUGCUCCUAUCCCAUCAAUCGAAAAAGAAUUUGAGUCAAUUCUCCGAUUCUUUGCUACAAAAUCCGUUAACAAACCCGAGGAGGCUCCGGAUUUUUAUAGGACCGUCAUGACGAACGCGGCGUCCGUGGCAAGCCAUGCUGCCUGCAAUCUCAUGGCGAACCCGAAUCUGCUAUUGGAAACUGUAACCAACUUCACUGCAUUAAGCCCUUACAAGCCCUUUGGGACAUACUUCUUCUGCACUGGGAAUGGAAAACCGGUGGUCUUGAGGAACUCAGAUGCUGUUUUGCAGCUAUUGUUUUACUCCUCUCAAUUGAACAGUGAAGCGGAGCUUCACGAGAUAGCCCGCACAAGUCUUGAUCAACAUUUUGGGUAUGAAAAUGAGUUGAAAAAAAUGCAAGAUGUGGUUGACUUGAAGAAACUAGAAACCCUCUCAUAUUCUGCAGAGGCCACAGGCAGUGACAGCGCAACAAUUAACUCGGCCUUAAAUGACCUUGGGUUGAGCACGAGAGCUAGAUUGUGUCUUCUUGCUGCUGUCGAGUUUGAGAAGCGAAAGCAGAGAAACAUGGAUAGCAUAGAUACCAAGAAGAUCCAGAAGGAAAUAACUGAACUAGAAUCCUACCGAGUGAUCUGUAAGACUCGCCUAAUGAGCUGUUAUGAUGCCUUCAGACUUCACAACAGCCCCCAUGACUUCAAAGCAAAUGUGAAUAGGCUUGAGCUAGCAAGUAUAUGGGAUGAAAUCAUCGAAAUGUUAAAAAGGUAUCAACUCCCAGAUGAUUUUGAGGGCCAGAAAGAUUGGGUAGAGCUCGGAAAGAGGUUUCGUCGCCUUGUUGAGCCCCUAGAUGUUGCCAACUACUAUAGACACUCGAAGGACGAAGAGUCGGGACCCUAUUUGGGUACUCCUGGGAAGCCAAGGAAGCCCAGGCCAAAGCGAUACAUAUACACACAAAGAUGGCUUGAGCAUGCUCAGAAGCUGCCAGCUGAAUCCAGUGGAGAAUCGCAUUUCUGGGCAGAGGUAGAGGAGCUCCGCACUAAAACAAGCAGCCCUGAUGGGUUUGAACAAGUCAAGCCAAGGGUUUUGCAACUAGAAAGAAAUAUACAGAAAUGGGUUAAUGGCGAAGAGUUGGGCAAGGAUAAGGAUGUCCUCCUCUGUCAGGAAUCCAUCCUUGUGAAGUGGUGGAAAACACUCCCUGACCAGCAUAAGAAGGAUUCUGCAUUCAAUAACUUAAUCUAUUAAGAAAGGGUGAUUUAGGAGGUCGGUGCCUUCUUGGAUAUGUUUGAAUAUGAAAUACGUUAUUGUGUGUGCUAAAUGCAGUCUAGCUAUUACUCUUUUGAAAUAAAAGAAGUUAAAAGAGUUGAAAGCAACAG